AUGGGGUCGACUGAAGGCGGAGGUGGCGGCGUUGUCGCUGCCGGUGGGUUGGCCAAUUCGAUGGUAAGCAGCGGCUCAGGCGAAGCACUACAUCAGCAGUCGACGUUGAUGGCAGCAGGUAAUGUCGGAACGCCCGGUCAACAACAGCAGUCAGCCAGUGGUCAGGUGUGGCCAAACAGAAAAGAACACUACCAGCUCGAAGAUGCGAUCGGAGUCGGCGCAACGGCCACUGUGUACAAGGCGCUGUGCAUUCCACGCAAUGAACGUUGUGCGAUUAAAUGUAUCAAUUUGGAGAAGUGCCAGACGUCAGUCGAUGAACUUAGUCACGAGAUCCAAGCUAUCGGGAAGGAGCAAGCAAUGUAUGGUGUAUUAGAUGAAACAACAAUCGCUACUGUAUUGCGUGAAGUAUUGAAAGGUCUUGACUAUUUUCAUUCUAGUGGUCAAAUUCAUCGCGAUAUAAAGGCGGGUAAUAUUCUUAUUUCUGAUGAUGGUACUGUGCAGAUAGCUGAUUUUGGUUGUAUCUGGUUGGAUGCACCAGAAGUGAUGGAACAAGUUCAAGGAUAUGAUUUCAAAGCUGAUAUAUGGAGUUUGGGAAUUCUUGCUAUUGAACUUGCUACUGGUACCGCUCCAUAUCACAAGUUUCCACCCAUGAAGGUUGCAUCGGGAAAACUGCGGAAGGAUAAAGAUGGUAACUGGGAAUUUGAAUACGACUCUCCAGCAGGUAGUGAAUCAAGUGAUGAAGAUGAUGUGCAAACGGCUAAAGGCGCGGUCACUUCAACGACCAACGCCGAGAAUCCCAAUACUGAGGAAAUAGUGGAAGGGAUUGCGCAUGAAUUGGUGACUGCUGAAUUAAUUGACUGCCAUGAUCUGGUGAUUGUGGCUGCAAACCUGCAGAAGCUCAUUGACCUCGCUGAGCAGAAGAGUGAAAAGCGAUCAGUAACAUUCGCACUCAACUCUGGCGUCGCUCCAAAUGAGAUCCCUGAUGAGCGAACGCUGACGGGUUUCGCGCAGAUAUCGUUAAUUGAUUGA